UCUUUUCCAUUUUUUUCUUUCAGCUGUUCCAGUCCACUCUCUCUCUCCUCCUCCUCCUCCUUCUCUCUCUCUAUCUACCUUUUGACUCGCCGGCGAAAUAUUCAACGGGUGAUUAUAUUACCCGAUACAUCGCAAGAUCUAAUUUUACCAUUGGAGGUUUUUGGGGAUUCGGACAUUGUGUAAUAUAACUACAGAUUAUAUUUGGGUUUUUGCACCGGGGCAAGACGGUUAUUCCAACUUUGGAAACUUACUGGUUUGGGUUUCAAAGAGUUUGAGGAUGUUGUUGUGUGAUAAAGUUUAGAUUUGUUUGAAGAUUUGAUGGACAAACUAACUAGUAAUAAGGAGAUGCAGAUUAUUUUGGAGCAACAAUCGAAAUCUGUAUCUGGAUACUGGGUCAAGAGUUGCCCAAUUAAGCGAGACUCGUUUUUGAUGAUUGGAGAAGAAGACAGGAUUUGUUGUUUGUAUUGAAAUAGGUUUCUUUGUUUUUGGGUUUGGGUUGGAUUCUUUGUAUUGAAAUAGAUUGUUAACUUUAAUGGCUGAAGAACAUUCGAAUAAGAGAAGAGAAGUCUCUGCUUCUGCUUCUGCUUCUGCUUCUGCUUCUGCUUCUGCUUCUGCUUCUGCUUCUGUAGUAGUGAAUUCGAGGGUUGGAGAGGAACAAGAUGAUCAGCGCCUCAGGUUGGGAUCAAGUGACUCGCUUCUCCCUGGUCUUAUUGAUGAUGUUGCUCUAAAUUGUCUUGCUUGGGUUCCGAGGUCAGACUAUCCUUCCUUGUCUUGUGUAAACAAAAAGUACAAUAAGUUGAUCAACGGUGGGCAGUUGUUUGGUUUGAGGAAGGAACUAGGGAUUGUGGAGUAUCUUGUUUUCAUGGUUUGUGACCCCAGAGGUUGGUUGAUGUUUUCUCCUAUGAAAAAGAAAUGGAUGGUGUUACCUAAGAUGCCCUGUGACGAGUGCUUCAACCAUGCUGAUAAAGAGUCUUUGGCUGUGGACGACGAGCUUCUGGUUUUCGGGAGAGAGUUGUUUCAGUUUGCUAUUUGGAAAUACAGUUUGAGGUCUCGGUGUUGGGUCAAAUGCGAAGGAAUGCAUCGUCCUCGCUGCUUGUUUGCAUCUGGAAGCCUUGGCGGCAUCGCUAUAGUUGCAGGUGGAACAGAUAUGAAUGGCAAUAUACUAGCAUCAGCUGAGCUUUAUGAUUCUUCUUCAGGGAGAUGGGAAAUGCUUCCCAAUAUGCAUUCUCCUCGAAGACUAUGCUCCGGAUUCUUCAUGGACGGUAAAUUCUAUGUGCUUGGAGGCAUGACCAGCCCUAAUGUAUCGGUUACUUGUGGGGAGGAAUUUGAUCUCGAGACAAGGAAAUGGAGGAAGAUAGAAGGAAUGUAUCCGAAUGUGAACCGAGCAGCGCAGGCUCCACCUCUUGUUGUGGUGGUUAAUAACGAGCUAUUCACACUCGAGUACUUGACGAGUAUGGUGAAGAAGUAUGAUAAGGCGAAGAACAGAUGGGAAGUAAUGGGAAGGUUACCACAAAUGGUGGACUCGUCAAACGGUUGGGGGUUGGCGUUUAAACCGUGCGGGGACCAACUGUUGGUGUUUUGUGGGCAGCGAGGUCCUCACGGUGAGAGCAUUGUGGUGAAUUCUUGGUGUCCAAAGUCGGGAGCUAAAGAUGGAAACUUGGAUUGGAAAGUGCUUGGAGUUAAAGAGAAUGUUGGUGUGUUUGUGUAUAACUGCGCAGUGAUGGGCUGCUAAAUAAGGAAACCUUCUGGAAAAGUUGGGGUUUUCUUUACAUCAAAUCUAUCUCUGGUUCGUUCUUUCCUUCUUCUUCUUUCUUCUUUCUUCUUCUUCUUCUUUAUUUGUAAAACAGAACUUCUUUCUUCUUCUUCUUCUUCUCUAUUUGACUGGUCUUUAGUUCAUUUUGCUCUUCGGAUCAUUAUGCUUUUGUUGUCUGUUCUGUUUAAUUUUUUUGGGUAAAUUGGAAAAAAAGUGAAAAUUCAUUCCUCUGCAAAA